GUCACGUCACGCGAGAAAGCACAGGAGCCGAGCGAGAAAAAAAAACACCAACAAGAAGAAUUACCUUCUUUUAUUACCUGCGGAACAAACUGCCGUGAUAGUCCGCGGACAUGUCACUGACGGUCCCGGGGGGAGGCAUGGACUAGUGAAGGCUAUGAAUUCCCGUGAGCAUGGGGAAAUCUCAGAUGAAGCAAUGCUUGAAAAAGAACACAAGCAUGUCCAAGAUUGUAAGGAGGAGACAGAGGACAUUGCUAUUAGUGAACAACCUCAGGUACAUGGAGGGGGAUCUUCUGGAGCUGCCGAGGCUGGGAAACGGUCAUCUGCAGAGAUGGGACCUGAAACAGACCAGUCCACUAGCAGCAAGAGAGUCAGGGUGUCUAGUGAGAUGAGGCGGCACUUGAUAGACGAGAGCAGCAGGAUUGAACCUCUUUGCCUCACCACAACCGGAGAGAAGAGAGACUGCAUCCAGGAGAAAUCUAGAGUCUCCUACAGAAAGCCUCUCUUCAGCAUCUCCCACCGAAUCUCGGAGAAGAGGACCACCCCGAAUCUGGAGCAGCAGGCAAGUCUUGGCAGCUUGAAUCAGCUCAACAAUAUGCUCUCAUCCAAGCUCCAAAAUCCAGAGCAAAAUGGCCCAGCAGAGCCCAUCCCCUCCACAGACACUUUAGGCCAAGCUUCCACAGCGGACCCCAGCCUUUAUCCACUGAUUGAGAAAAUGUUUUUCAUUCUCAACACUCUGAAUUCAAGCAUGACGCAGCUGCACAGUAAAGUGGACUUGCUGACGCUGGAAGUCAUGAGGAUAAAGAAGCAGAUCAAACCGGCUGAGAUGGUGACAGAGUUCCAGCCUCCCCCCGAGUAUUUGCUAACCAGUGAUGAAUUGAAUCAGCUGAUGGAGCAGACGUCAAGUGCUGGGGAACUGGGCUGUCGACUGCUUGUGCAUCUGUUCCCGGAGCUGUUCAAAGCAAGGGAGUGCUCUCACGACUGCAUGGCGAGCAAGAGAACGCUGGAGUCUCUACAUCUGCAGCUUAUUCGAAACUAUGUCGAGGUGUGCUACCCCACGGUUAAAAACAACAGCGUGUGGCAGGAAGAGUGCCUCCUCCAGAUUAAUGACUUUUUUAAUCGCUUCUGGGCGCAGAGGGACAUGGAAAGUGCCCGGCUGCUCAGGAAGCAGGCGGGCACAGCUGGUGGCGUAAAAGCUGAGCAGCCUCAAACCUUUCGUUUCAUUAAUGAACAGGGUCAGGAGGAGCACAUAUCUCUAGAUCACCAACAGGGCAGCCUGGCUGGUUCAGAUGUCGGGUUUGGUACACAAGCCACAGAGGAGUUGGAUGAGUUCUCCUCCCCAGAAGACUUUGUUGUUUUCCUAAUUCACCGUCUCUUCCCUGAAGUUUUUGAAGAGGGGAAAAUACCAGAAGACUGUGGCAAUUUUAGUAGUGUGGGACAGCUAAUUCUCGACUCUGACAAGAUGGACAUAAUUAGAAAGUAUAUGGAAGCGAAUUUCCCUGAUGUGCCUGAGGACAGCUGGCUGCAGGUGUGCAUUCAGCAUAUGGAAGACGCACUUGAGGGUCCUCACAGUAAUGGCAACGGGAGUGAACCGGACAACAUCAAUGAGGAGGGCUACGAACUGGCCAGUUUUCCUGAAGAUGUUUCAAUUAUCAAGGUUCCAGAAGUGAGUGAAUAUGAAAGACCCAGUCGCAAGUCUAAAAAGUCGCUGCUCACGCCUGUAGAUUUUGACAAUCUGGAGAUUCCUCUGCCUGACUUUACUGUUCCCCAGGAAUACAUCCUGUCCAGGGAACAGCUCAAGAGCAACUAUGAAUGUAGCUUGUCCGUUGGGAACUUUGCCUCUCGGCUGCUGGUGCUCAUGUUUCCUGAGCUCUUUACCUACGAGAACGCUAGAAAGCAGUAUAACUGUAGCGGUUCUCUUGGGAAAAAGCAACUCGACCCCGUUCGCGUAAACCUGAUCCGUCAUUACGUGCAGUUGGUCUACCCCCGGGCCAAGAACGACAGAGUGUGGAUGUUGGAAUUUGUUGGCAAACUUGACGAGCGGUGCAGGAGACGUGACACGGAGCAGAGGAGAUCCUACCUGCAGCAGCGCAAAGUGUACGGUCAGGAGACAGAGCAGGACUUUCUCUGCCAGCUGAACCAGCUCCAUCCCGAUAACGGCAGACAGGAUCCAGAUAUUCCCUCUUUACCUCCCGAGAAAAGUAGCAAAGACUUCUGCAAAAUCCCCCUUGAUGAGCUGACUGUGUCCAAACCAGAUUUCCCUGUUCCCUCCGUCUACCUACUCUCUGAUACCGAGGUACGGGAAAUUGUCCAGCAGAGUCUCUCUGUUGGGAACUUUGCUGCCCGCUUGCUGGUGCGCCUCUUCCCCGAGCUCUUCACCCACGAGAACCUGCGGCUGCAGUACAACCAUUCAGGUGCCUGCAAUAAGAAGCAGCUUGACCCUGUUCGACUGAGACUGAUCCGUCACUACGUGGAAGCCGUGUAUCCUGUGGAUAAGAUGGAGGAGGUGUGGCACUACGAAUGUGUGCCAAGCAUUGACGAACGCUGCCGGCGCCCCAAUCGCAAGAAGUGUGACAUUCUUAAAAAGGCCAAGAGGUCAAGCACUGUGUCCUAGUUACAGUACUCUGCAGUUACCCAACACUUUCUGUCAUAAAAACAGUUGCACAGUA